AUGGAUUCUACGAUAUUAUCCGUGAUCAGGUCAUUGACAAUAGACAUCCUAUUAUCAACAGUUGUGCGUGCUGGCAUGAAAAUAAAUUAUGUGUGGAAAGAAGAUAUAACGGAGGAGAAUGUUAUCUUUAAUGAUAGCCUCGUGUUUACAAAGCAGAUAUCAGGUCUCAUGAGCUGUGCAGGAGCAUGUGGAACACACUCAGUUAAUUGUGUAGACUUUUCCUACACAACAACGACAGAGGAGUGCCGAGGGUACGACGGGCUGGCACAUGACCGGAUCAGUCAAGAGAAUACCAAAAUGUAUAGAAAUGUUUGUCGUUUACCCGGAUAUACAUACGACCCUUCCUUCGAUGCAUGUCUUCGUCUUUACACCACUGCUAGGACCUGGUUCGAGUCUUCGGAGGAGUGUUCGAAUGACACGGCACAUCUCCUCAUCAUAGACACUAUGGACAAACUACAGGCCACGCAAACCGGUGUCCAUAAGGACCUUUUUGCAGCAUCAAAUGAGUGGUGGAUCGAUGGGUAUGAUUUUGCUGACGGACCAGCAAAUGACUUUAGAUGGAGCAAUGGAGAAAGUAUGGACAUACCUCAAGACCUUUGGUUUCAUCCAUCCCAGCCAAGUGACGAGGAUGAAAGGUGUAUUAAUCUUUUCUUGUAUCCGAACUUUUUAGGACUUAAUGACUAUCUGUGCUCAGAUAUAACUAUGUUUUACGUAUGUCAGGAAGACAUUUAA